ACCGCCGCUGGACGCCAUCUCCUCCUUUUGCCUUCUCCAUCAUCAUCCGUUCGUGGUUCCGCUGUUACCCGACCCGUUUUUCUUCUCUUCCAGGUCAGUUCUCUUUCUCGCCGCCAUGAUUGUUUCUGACUCCGAUUCGGCUACUCCAUUGUCCAAUUCUCGCCAAGCCGAUCAAUCCGCCUCUGGCCGUGACCCAAGUCACACUCAAGCGUCUCAGCCGUCGCCGUCGGCUACGCUUGGCCAAAAGCGGCGCCGAUUGAGGAAGCAAUUUCCUUCCUCAACCGCGGUAGAUGAGGGUUCGAGGGUUAGGUUGGACGAAAACAUCAUGGCGAUGUGCCACUGCCAGAUUACUGACCGGGGGUUCGCCGAUGCUACUGACAUGUACAUCGCCGGCUACCUGGUCAGAUGCAAGGAUGUAGGGGUGAAGCCUACCCUGGACCAUUUUGUGUUCACCUUUAAGUUGACCAAGGGCCAUAAGGAUUGGGCGUCCUAUGCCAGCCUUUCCCAGAGGUCCAGUAAACUCUUUGCCAUUGAAUUACAAGAUUUAGGAGAAGAGAUGGACGACGAUCUUCUGCUCAGCCGGUUCACAGCAGGGAGGAAGAGGAAGAGAGAGGCGAAGGGCCAAGGCAAGCGCUCUUCCUCCCACCGAGAGGAAAGUCCUUCUCGAGAGCCGGCUGUGAUUGUGGCGGAGGACCAGGAUGAUGCUGCCCUGGAAACGGGUACAAUGGCGGGCCAUUCCCCUUCGCACUCUUUGAUGCCGGGUGGCGACCUCGCUGGGUCGUCCCAUGGUGUUGCCUCGGAGCGACCUCCUUCGUCGCCCGCAGUAACCUACGAGGUGGCGACCGGGGGUUGCUCGAUGAGGCUCUGCAUUCCUCCUCUGCCCCAAAGUCUAGGGGACGUGCAGCUGGAGAACCUGAUCACUCUGCCCGCAGAGGACCAGGCCCGCAUCUCGGCCGGUUCUGAGGACGACCUUGACAACAUGGUCCUCUUAAUGCUAAGCCAGGCUACGCUGGGGAUGAUUGAGGUUGUCGGCAGGAAACGGGGCCGCCUAGCCGCCACCGAUGAGGCGAUGAAAGCGGCAGAGGCCAAGCAGAAGGAACUGCAACAGGAGGUCGCUCGCCUUACGAGGGAGUUGGAGGAGAGGGAGAGCCGCUGUGCUGCUCUUGAAGCAGAGAAAACCUCCCAAGAGGACCGCUGCGUCACUCUUGAGGCAGAUAAAGCCUACUUGUCUUCGGAGGUGGAAUCUGUCUCAGCCCGCGUGGUGGAGUUGGAGGGGGAGAAGAUUGACCUGAUCAAGCAGCUGGAGAAAGAGAGGGAAGACCGGGUCCGCCAUGCGGAGGAAGCGAUCGAGUCAUUCAAGUCCUCACCUGAUUUUACGAUGGUCGCUCUGGAGCGAAUGGACAAGCUGACUGCCGAGUGGCUCAAAACUGAACCUGGGGCCCAAUGGAUGGUCAAUGAGGGGACAAAGUCCUUCAAUUGUGGACUCUUCCGCGCCCAACAAGUCUUCCGUGACAGGCUAGCCCAGCUCCCCAAAGGAUUCUCUCUCCUCGACCUUGGCUUUCCUCCUCCCCUCCCUGGCUGAGUUCGACCCCAGUCCUUAUUUGGACGGAGG